AUGGGAAAUGCUGACGAAACGAUUCAACAACACGAAGCUCAUGAUAAGUCGGAAUCGUUAGCCGAAACUCCUUCGAUACCGAAAGAAUCGGGUCCAGCGUUACGACAAAUGCUUGAUCACGCUCAGAAGCUCUCGCGGUCCUUGAAGAUUCUGAAGGCAAAUACGUGGGACGCAGUAUUCACGUAUCAUAUUGUCAGCAAGAUGGACAACACGACGAAACGCGAGUGGAAAUGCUUCACGAAGGAUAUCGACAUGCCGACAGAAGCUCAAUUAAUCGAAUUUUUGGAAGAACGGUGCGCAAUAGUGGAUACGGACGUGGCUGCAAAGCCGGCAAUUAAAUUAAACUCCUCCGGUAAUGUGCGACAAUCGAACUCUAGACGGGACAAUACUAGUUUCACAGGCGUCUCAACAGACUCUUCAACGUGUAAGGUGUGUGAAAACUUCCACGAAGUGUACAGGUGUCCAGUGUUUAGGAAUUUAUCGGUCGCGUCGCGGACAACUGUAGUCAAAAGGCAUAAACUUUUUAUGAACUGUUUGAGAUUACAUAAUGGAAAGUGUACCUUCGGCCGAUGCCGAAAGUGUAACAGGUUCCAUAAUACGUUAUUACAUAUGGAUUCUGAUCAGCACACAUUAAAUGCCAAGGAAUCCAGUGCACCUACACCAGAUCCAGAGCAUCCACGAUCUUCUGGCAACAAUGUUCAGAAGAUGCGACCUUCCGACGGAGCCAGUACCUCCCAAUCGACGGCCCCAUUCACAGGUGCGGUAGGCACCGCAAAAUCCCAAGUACUGCUGUCCACUGCCUUGAUUUUCGUGGAAGACAGGUACGGGAAAUUACACGAAUGUCGAGCACUUCUCGACUCAGGGUCCCAGUCAAACCUGAUGACUAGGGAACUCGGCGAUCGACUCUCCUUACCUAGGGAACGAUUCAACCUGCCAAUCGGUGGCAUCAACAAUACUUCUACGAAAGUACACGAACGAGUACAAUUAACGAUACGAUCGCGACAGCACGCCUACAAGAGCACGCUGUCGGUCCUCGUCAUCGACGAGAUUGUCACGCAGCAUCCCGCCACGUGGAUCGACGCAAAACUAUUGCGUAUACCUGAGAAUCUGACCCUGGCCGACCCAACUUUCAAUCGUCCAGGCAGAAUUGACCUCCUCAUCGGUGCAUCAAUCUUCUGGGAACUUAUAUGUGCAGGUCAAAUAAAAUUGACCGACGGACAACCCAUUAUGCAGAAAACACAGCUUGGUUGGAUUAUCUCCGGAGAAGUUGCCGUCGCACAUCACAAGAAGAAUCAGACUCACCAAUUUUGUGGAUUCGUUACCGACGAACAAAUCAGCGAUCAAUUGCACCGUUUCUGGAAAUUGGAGGAAUGCAACGGAAGAUCACAUUACACACGUGAAGAACGGGCCUGUGAGGAACAUUUCCAGCAGACACACUUCCGCAAAAACGAUGGAAGGUUCAUCGUCCAGUUACCAUUACGUAGAGAUUUCUCUCAGUUAGGAGACUCAAAACAAACCGCGAUAAAACGCUUUCACGCAGUCGAACGCAAAUUAUCACGGCAGCCUCACCUGAAGGCUCAAUACAUUAAAUUCAUGGACGAAUACGAAUCCUUGAACCACAUGACAGCAAUCAGCGAUAGUCUUCCUGCGGUACAACACGUGUAUUAUAUACCUCAUCACGCAGUUCUAAAGGAAGAUAGUUUAACAACCAAAUUAAGAGUGGUAUUUGACGGUUCGUGUAAAACUACGGCUGGUACAUCUCUCAACGAUAUAUUACUAGUCGGCCCAACAAUUCAGCAAGAUCUGUUUUCGAUCAUUUUACGGUUCCGACAACACAAGUAUGUCUUCACUGCAGACAUUGAGAAGAUGUACCGCCAAAUAAUCAUCCACAAGGAUCAACGGGAUCUUCAGCGCAUAGUCUGGAGACGCUCUCCGGAAGAACCCUUGCGAACCUUCCAAUUGAAUACGGUAACGUACGGUCUUGCAUCAUCACCUUUUCUGGCAAUCCGAUGCCUACAACAAUUGGCACUGGAAAAUCGCGACCGCUUCCCUGAUUCUACUCGGAUAAUCGAGGAAGAUUUCUACGUGGACGACUUGAUCACCGGCGCAGACACAUUGGAAGAAGUAAGCCGCAUUAAAGGUGAAGUCACAACAGUCCUCCAGCUUGCAAAAUUCAAGCUAUACAAGUGGGCAGCGAACGACGAAACGUUACGCAAUAAUAUAAACAAUGAUAUUACUAUGGCGACUCGCAGUAUUGGAGACGACGUGAAAACAUUAGGUCUACGGUGGAAUCCCUUACGAGACGAGCUACAAUACCACGUGCAAGUCCCAGACGCUUCAAAAAGGGUUACCAAACGAACCAUACUAUCAACCAUAGCCCAGAUUUUCGACCCACUUGGACUAAUCGGGCCUACAACCAUUAGGGCAAAAAUCAUACUGCAACGCCUAUGGUUGUCAAAGAUAAGUUGGGAUGAAUCAGUCCCAUUAGACAUCCACACAAUGUGGACGCAAUAUGUCGGGCAGCUACAUAGACUGCAACACAUAAAAAUUCCACGGCUGGUGAAAACGCCCAGCCCGGACACGAUCGAACUGCACGGGUUCUGCGAUGACUCUGAAGCCGCGUACGGAGCCUGCCUAUACAUUCGAUCGCACACACAAAAUGGCACCUGGACUUCAAGGUUGCUGUGCGCCAAAUCAAAGGUGGCACCAAUUAAAAACGUAAGCCUUCCACGGCUCGAGCUAUGCGGCGCACUUCUGCUGGCACAGCUGAGUCAUAAGGCCACACGAGCGCUCAGAAUGAAUAUUGACCGAUCAUAUUUCUGGAGCGACUCCACCAUUACUCUGGCUUGGAUCAAGGGCGAACCAUGUCAAUGGAAGACGUUCGUCGCUAAUCGGGUAUCAGAAAUCCAAAACCUCACGGAUUCUCACGCCUGGAGACACGUUAAAUCUGAGGACAACCCCGCUGACGUCAUCUCACGGGGCAUCGACCCUCAACUACUGGAAGGGACUACAGCCUGGUGGCAGGGGCCUACCUGGCUCUCUGAAGGGCCUGAACACUGGCCGCAACCCCAGAUGUCUCAACCGACGGACAUCCCCGAGACCAGACAGCAGAGUGUGGUAUUUUUAAAUAUAGACAGAGACUUUGAAAUAUUUGAUAAGUUUUCGUCUUUAAGUAGAUUUAAACGCGUAGUGGCUUAUUGUAUACGUUUCAAGCACAACACUUUGAAUCGGAAUAACCGAAGGUGCGGACCAUUAACGGUCAUUGAACUCAAUACAGCCCUCAGCUUAUUAAUUCGACUCAUGCAAAGGCAAGAAUUCCCUAACGAACGGAAAUCAUUGAAACUCAAUCAAGGUUUAAGUAAUAAUAGUAAAUUGUUGACACUACAUCCAUUUCUUGAUAAAGAUGGAAUUAUUCGAGUAGGAGGUCGGUUACGGAAUUCUCGCCUACCUGAGGGUCAGAGACAUCCUAUUAUACUGUCAGCAAAACACAAAUUAACCAAACUCAUCAUUCGAGAUGAGCAUUAUCGCCAUUUGCAUACCGGGGCACAAGCAUUACUAGCCUCACUACGCACACGAUACUGGCCACUAGCAGGUAAAAACACGAUACGAAGCGUCCUGCGACAUUGCAUAGUGUGCUUUAAAAACCGCCCUAACACUUUAAAUCAAAUGAUGGGCGAUCUACCUGAUGCUAGAGUCAAUCCAGCGCGAGCAUUCUUAAAAUGCGGCGUAGAUUACGCGGGUCCGUUUUCCAUAAAAAUCUCACGUAAUAAAACCGGUAAGGCCUACUUAUGUCUUUUUGUCUGCCUUACAACCAAGGCUAUUCACUUAGAGGUAGCUGUCGACUUGUCAACCACGGGGUUUUUAAACGCUUUUAAACGGUUCAUAGCUCGUCGCGGUAGGCCGUCCGACAUGUACUCGGACAACGGCACAAACUUCGUAGGCGCGAAUAAUGAACUGAAGGAACUCCGUAGCCUCUUACAGGACGAACAAAAUCGCGCUACGAUCACAAAUUACUUCGCGCAAGAAUCCAUAAAUUGGCAUUUUAAUCCACCAAAUUCACCACACUUCGGGGGAUUAUGGGAAGCCGGGGUAAAAUCGGUAAAAACGCAUUUACGAAAAAUUAUCGGUAACGCGCUUCUCACCUUCGAAGAACUGUACACGACGUUCAGUUUGAUCGAAGCUUGUUUAAACUCGAGACCGUUAACACCUAUAUCGAACGAUCCUGACGACCUGAUACCUUUAACUCCGGGACACUUUUUAAUCGGGGAGCCUCUUACAGCGUUACCUCAACCGGACUUACUUGACGUACCCUUAAACCGCUUGACCAGGUAUCAACGCAUAACGCAGCUAAAGCAACAUUUCUGGUCACGAUCCAUCGCGAUGGAGUCUGGAGUAUCUGUCGAAUUUACAGCAGCGUUCAAAAUGGACGGAGGUACAAAAAACGAAACUUCUACCGGGUGCGAUGGUGAUUUUGAAAGAUGA